GUCCUCGAAGCGAAUGCCCAGCUCUUCGAUCUGUCAAGCCCGCUCGGGGCACUCCACUUCUCUACGUUUCUCGCUAUGCUGGCCACCGAGCAUGCACGCAAGCUCGGCGAGAGGCUCGACGGCGUGAAGGACCGUUUCUACAAGAUGUGCGGGGAUAGCGACGAGCACCUUGCUUGGUCCAAGGUCCAACAGUCG